UGGUAACAUUGAGAGGUAGACCUAACUGCGUCUGGUGUGAAACACUGAUAGGAUAACGAGCCGCCUGUUUUGUGUUCACUUGACAGUGGUGGAACAUGAUUGGGGUGAGGUUACCAGCCAUCGUUCGCUGACUAUCAAUGGCCUCACGGCAUUAGAGGACAUUUAACACGAUCGAACUAGGUGACAUCGUCUAGGAGAAUACGUUUGUCUCAUUGAAAGCUUGUAAUUGUGACUUCAAAUUCAAAGCGGCUAGGCUUAAAAAGCGCAAAGUUGAGGAGCGUGUGAUUAACGAAGAAUACAAAAUAUGGAAGAAAAACACUCCAUUUUUGUACGAUCUCGUGAUGACCCACGCACUGGAGUGGCCUUCUCUUACGGCGCAGUGGCUGCCAGAUGUGACUCGGCCGGAAGGGAAGGAUUAUUCUGUACAUCGUCUCAUUCUUGGAACGCAUACGUCUGAUGAACAGAACCAUUUGUUAAUCGCAUCAGUUCAGCUGCCAGGCGAAGAUGCCCAAUUCGACGCUACGCACUAUGAUUCAGAGAAAGGUGAAUUCGGCGGGUUUGGAUCAGUAUCCGGCAAAAUCGAUAUCGAGAUUAAGAUCAAUCACGAGGGUGAGGUGAACCGUGCUAGGUACAUGCCUCAAAAUCCGUGUAUCAUUGCUACGAAGACUCCCUCAAGCGAUGUUCUGAUUUUCGACUAUACCAAACACCCUUCGAAGCCCGACCCCUCGGGCGAGUGCCAGCCCGAUCUCAGAUUGCGGGGGCACCAGCGCGAGGGCUAUGGGCUGUCGUGGAAUCCGAAUUUAAACGGACAUCUACUUUCGGCAUCGGACGAUCACACAAUCUGCCUGUGGGAUAUCAAUGCCCCGCCACGAGACGGCCACAUUGUGGACGCCAAGAGCAUCUUUACAGGUCACGUUGCUGUGGUAGAGGAUGUCGCUUGGCAUUUACUGCAUGAAAGCCUCUUUGGAUCCGUUGCUGACGACCAGAAGCUUAUGAUUUGGGACACCCGCAAUCCUAACACAAACAAGCCUAGCCACACCGUGGAUGCCCAUACUGCGGAGGUAAACUGCCUCUCGUUCAAUCCCUACUCAGAGUUCAUCUUAGCGACUGGAUCAGCUGAUAAGACGGUUGCUUUAUGGGAUCUUCGUAACCUUAAGCUUAAGUUGCAUUCAUUCGAAAGUCAUAAGGAUGAGAUCUUUCAGGUUCAAUGGUCUCCGCAUAACGAAACUAUCCUGGCUUCGUCUGGCACUGAUCGCCGAUUACACGUCUGGGAUCUCUCGAAGAUCGGUGAAGAGCAGAGUGCGGAAGACGCCGAGGACGGUCCACCUGAGCUUCUUUUUAUCCACGGAGGUCACACGGCAAAAAUCAGCGACUUCUCGUGGAACCCCAAUGAGCCAUGGGUGAUUUGCUCCGUAUCUGAAGAUAAUAUCAUGCAAGUGUGGCAAAUGGCAGAGAACAUUUACAAUGACGACGAACCCGAUACGCCGGCAGCUGAACUGGAAGCCAACGCUUAGAACUAAGCCGCUGUAUUCUCAUGACACAAUCCCGUAAACUAAAUUUGUGGCGAACACUUUGAGAACAAAAGCACGCUGUUUGUUUAGCAUAGCGGGAGGCUGAUUUAAAUCGGUGUGAAUGUGGGUCAAAGUGCUAGUGAUGCCUGUGUUAAGUGAAGGCAAUACAGGGAAGGUUCAAACGAAUAAUCGAAUGUACUCUUUGCGGAGCGUUGUGAAUAUUUGAAAGGCGAAUGUGAUGCUAGAAACAUCAUCAUUUAUUUAUGUGACAGUAUUCCACAAAGCUUCCAUUUGGAUAUGACAAAGCCUAGAACAAUGCUGUUGUGGUGAAUUACUUUGAGAUUAACAGUGGACCUGGUCCGUCACAAUAGUGUCUUUUUUCUGAGAUUUUGCCAGCUUAUUUACUAAGGAUAGCUUAUCCGCUAGGCAAAUCAGCAAUGCCAUUUGAUUAGAUGAGCAUCAGUUAUGUGAGAUGCGUCUUACACUAUUAUGGUUUGUAUAAUAAUUGCAAUGUUGUCAGAUCCCCCAAAAUUUGCGCAAGACAAAAAAGUGCAUUCUAAGCUUGUAUUUACGCUGAUCGGUGAACACGUUCAUAUAUGCGACCCAACAAUCGCUAUUUAGUUUCAUAAAAAUCCAUGUUUAUCUACACAGAUCAA